AUGAAAGCAUGUAAGGAAUUUCUUGCCAGUAUUUAUUGGCUCAUAUAUAAAGGCCUUACCAAUUUCCUAUUUUUUAAAAAUGAAAAAAAUUACAACCAGCCUCGUGAAAAGCCUUUUCCAAGAAAACAACAAGCCUUAUCGAAAUUCUAUGUAAACCCUAAUUCCUAUGAUGGUGCCUUCUUGAUUUCGGGAGAAAAGUUUUCUGUGGAGGAGUGUGAUAAAAUAUUCAAAGCUAUUGAUAAACCAAAUUUAUAUCUUAUAACAACGUUCCUUAAAAAACCAAUAGAUAUGCAAAGGAAAAGGGACUUGUGGAAGCAAUUCGAGGCAGAGUUAAUAUUUCGAAACAUUGGGGCACCUGACAAGUUUCAUUAUUCCUGCUACAUCAAAGCUUUAGUUAAUACUAAACAAAUUCAAAAAGCGUUAAUUGCAGUAUCAGAAAUGAGAGGUAAUAUUAGUACUGGAUGCACCACAAAAGCAUCUGCUUUAAACCUGGAAGAAUUAAUUAUUAAUAGUGGAUUUUUCAAUGAUAUAAUUGUCCAAACAAGCCUCAUUUCUAUGUUCUCCAAGUGUGGGUUAUUAGAAAGGUCUAUUGAACUGNUUCACAGCAUGGAGAAGAAACCAACAGCAACAUGGAAUGCAAUGCUUUCCGCAUACGCACAUCACUCUCUUUACAAUGAAGUACUACUGUUAUUCAGCGAGAUGGAAUCUUCAAUUGAGACGGACAAGCAAACUUUUAGCUAUGUUAUUCUAGCCCUUUCGAGUCUUGGAAAAUACCAAAAUGCUCUGCAAAUACUCACAUCCAAAACUAGAGUAAUUUUGCCAUCUCACUAUCAUGCACUAAUCAAGGGAUGUAUUAACAGUUCGAAUUUCACUCAAGCUUUGAAUGUUUUAGAGUUGAUGAAAAGUAAUCGAAUUCCACCAAACUCUCGAAUAUUUAUAUCACUCAUGAAGACUUCCCAGAAGCGAUUAGGAUAUUCAAAGAAAUGA